UAUUAACGCGAUUUCAUCUUGACACUGCGAUUGUCAGAGAAUCACGACUAGAAGCAAUCAAAUUCUUCAAGUAUCAGAUAGAUAAGAAUGCUCGUUGCAUUCAUGAAUUUUUUAAAAGUGUCUCUGCCUCACAGUGGUCACUAAGUGCCUUUGUCAA